AUGGGGGCUCUUCGAAUUGCCCCCGUCACGGACCAGGAAAAGCCCACCCCCGUGUCUCUCGUUCCAGUGGUGGACCUGGUUUCUGCAGACCUGGAGGAGGUCGCCCAGAAAUGUGGCUUGUCGUAUAAGGCCCUGGUAGCUGUGAGGCGGGUGCUGUUGGCCCAGUUCUCGGCGAUCCCCAUCAAUGGCGCGGAUCUCUACGAGGACCUGAAGACCUCCACCGCUAUCCUGUCCACCGGCUGUGCGAGCCUGGACAAACUGCUUGACGGGGGUCUCUACACUGGAGAAGUGGCAGAAUUCGUUGGAAGCCCCAGUAGCGGCAAAACCCAGGUAUGUCUCUGUGUGGCUGCAAACGUGGCCCACAGCUUGCAGCAGAAUGUGCUAUACGUCGAUUCCAGUGGGGGGCUGACAGCCUCCCGCCUCCUCCAGCUGCUUCAGGCCCGAACCCAGGAAGAGGAGGAACAGGCAGGAGCUCUGCAGAGGAUCCAGGUGGUGCAUGUGUUUGACAUCUUCCGGCUGCUGCAUGUGCUGCAGGACCUCCGAGGAGGCAUGGGGGCCCAGCAGGUGAUCAGUUCUGGGACUCUGAAGGUGGUGGUGGUAGACUCAGUCACCGCGGUCAUUUCUCCACUUCUGGGAGGUCAGCAGAGGGAAGGCCUGGCCUUGAUGAUGCAGUUGGCCCGAGAGCUGAAGAUGCUGGCCCGGGACCUCGGUGUGGCAGUAGUGGUGACCAACCAGGUGACCCGAGAAAGGGACAGUGGGAAGCUCAGACCUGCCCUGGGACGCUCCUGGAGCUUCGUGCCCAACACCCGGGUCCUCCUGGAGGUGGACGAGGGAGCAGGCCAAGCAGGUGGCCAGCGCGUGGCCUGCCUGAGCAAGUCUCCCCGCCAGCCAACAGGAAUCCGAGAGAUGGUGGACAUCGGGGCUUGGGGGCCUCCAGAACAGAGCCCAGUGCUCCAGGGGGAUCAGACAUGAUUGGUGUUGUUGAUUGGAAAAGCAGGGGGUCAUAUAGGCCCCUGCUUCCUUACCCAUUUAGGCAUGGGUUCACUGCUACCCGCAGUUGGGUGCACAGC